AUGGAAAGGUUGGUGCUUGUGACAUUUUCUCUGCUAAUCUUUGCUUCUGUGGCGGCAGCUGAUUACGUGCGACCAAAACCUCGUCAAGCCUUGCAGUUUCCAUGGAAACAAAAGUCUUCUUAUUCUCAACCCGAGCAGGUGCAUAUAUCAUUGGCUGGAGACAAACAUAUGCGAGUGAGUUGGGUUACAAACGACAAGUCCUCUCCUUCGUUUGUUGAAUACGGAACAUCUCCAGGGAAAUACUCAUUUCUUGGUCAAGGAGAGAGCACAUCUUACAGCUAUAUAUUCUACAGAUCAGGGAAGAUACAUCAUACAGUAAUCGGGCCGUUGGAAGCGGAUACAGUUUAUUACUACCGUUGCGGUGGAGGAGGACCUGAGUUCCAUCUGAAGACACCACCAGCUGCGUUCCCGGUUACUUUCGCGGUGGCUGGUGAUCUUGGGCAGACCGGUUGGACCAAGUCGACGCUAGAUCAUAUCGAUCGAUGCAAGUACGCGGUGCAUCUACUCCCCGGGGAUCUUUCUUAUGCGGACUAUAUGCAGCACAAGUGGGACUCUUUUGGGGAGCUUGUUCAGCCUCUGGCUAGUGUAAGGCCAUGGAUGGUGACUCAAGGAAACCAUGAGAAAGAGAGUAUUCCUUUUGUUGUGGAUGAGUUUGUGUCUUACAACUCGAGGUGGAAGAUGCCGUAUGAGGAGAGUGGAUCAAAGUCUAAUCUUUAUUACUCUUUUGAGGUUUCUGGUGUCCAUGUGAUCAUGCUCGGCUCGUACACGGAUUACGAUCGGUCCUCAGAUCAAUACAAUUGGUUAAAGGCUGAUCUGUCAAAGGUGGACCGAGAAAAGACUCCGUGGCUAAUAGUGCUCUUCCAUGUACCGUGGUAUAAUAGUAACGACGCUCAUCAACGUGAAGGUGAUGGGAUGAUGGCUGAAAUGGAGCCUUUGCUUUAUGCGAGCGGUGUAGAUAUUGUAUUUACUGGACAUGUUCAUGCUUAUGAACGCACGAAACGUGUCAACAACGGUAAAUCAGAUCCUUGUGGUCCUAUUCACAUAACUAUAGGCGAUGGAGGAAACAGAGAAGGGCUAGCUCGCAAGUACAAAGAUCCGUCACCAGAGUGGUCAGUUUUCAGGGAAGCAAGCUUUGGACAUGGCGAACUUAACAUGGUGAAUUCAACACAUGCUCACUGGACCUGGCAUAGGAACGAUGACGACGAGCCAACGAGGUCUGAUGAGGUUUGGUUAACCUCUCUUGUGAGCUCGGGAUGUUGGACUCAGAAGAAAUGGCAUAAAGAACUCAGGACAAUGCUCAUGGGACCUUGA